UCAAACAUUUAGUUCGUUGAAUCUUAUCGCUUCUACAAUAAACAUUUCCAACUGGAUAAGCCUUUUCGUCUGACUCAGCUUUCCCCAAUUAUCCCAAAACCAAACUCAACCCGGUUCGGUUUUUGCUAAACCCGACAGAAUAUUUAAAUUGCACUCACAGAUGAAAUUAUUUAAAACUUAACCAUAACAUUAAUUAAAUAAACUACCUCUUAGACCUAUAAAUACACCUCUCUAAUCACUUCAUCUCCUGCCUCAAAUCACACACAUUGUCAUUGUAUCAUACAAGCCCAAAUCGGAAACUGAAAAACAAAGAGAAAACCAAAAACGCCGUCGUUUCAGAAUGCUCUCUUCUUCCUCUUCAACCUUCUUCAUUCCUCCAUUCCUCUCUUCUUCUUCUUCUCCGCCGCUCUCUCCUUUUCCAGCACCGUCACGCGUUUCCCGGAUCUCUCCGCCUCUUUCUGCAACCACCACCGCAUCCUACACCUGCACCGCCGAAGAUUUACGCCAAAUCCGGCAUCAGUUUUCAGCGACCGCGUCGCUCUACGAGAUCCUCGAUAUCCCCGCCGGCUCGACGAUUCAAGAGAUCAAAUCGGCUUACCGACGACUAGCCAGGAUCUAUCAUCCCGACGCGGCGGGAAGCAGUCGGAGUAACUCGUCGACGGCGGACGAAUUCAUGAAGAUCCACGCGGCGUACUGCACGCUUUCGGAUCCUGAGAAACGCGCCGUCUAUGAUCGGAGAACGAUGCUUCUUAGUCGGAGACGGCCGUUAACUGUUGGUGUUUCUGGAUGCGGAAGUUACGGCGGACGGAAUUGGGAAACCGAUCAGUGCUGGUAGCGAGUUGACUGACUCGGUGGUUGAUGAACCAACCAGUUCAGUUGUUAAAAAGGUUUUAUUGUAAUUAUUACAAACUCAGAUAUUAAAUGCUAAAUCUGGGUGAUUAGUUUAACGCUACAAUUUGCUUAGCAAUAGCCAAAUAAGCCAAUAUAAUAUUCGCCGGUCAGCACCGUUUUACCGUACCACGUAGGAUCAACGCGUCUCUGUGAUUUUUUUUUUUUUUUUGAAAUGCUAUUUUUUUAUGUAAUACAUAAUCCAACUCCGUAAUUAAAUAAACAAGACAUAAUAAAAUUAGUCAUUUAUGAGAUUA